AUGUACUUGGUAGUACAAUUACCCGUCCUUGAGGGAGUAUUGAUGACUGUCGACCACAAAAGGAUAACAGCACAAGCUGGGUCGCUUGGAUACGCUUGUCGUAUCACGUCAAAUACGCUGGAAGUAGCUCGCGCAGUCACGGAUGAUUCGUAA